AUGGUACCUAGUAAUGGCAGCCGAUUCCUCUACUUCUUGCUAUCUACCUCUCAUUGUCAGCGCCUUCCAUCUACAUUGUUGUAUUCAACAUUAAGAUCUUUAAAUUUAACUUCAACUUCAACUAAAGAAGGUCUGAUUUUAGUUUCUGCUGUAUCAAGAAAUCCUCAAUUGAUAACUCACCAUUUAGGUCCUGCAAUUAAUGCUUUUAGGACUGUUUUGGGUAGUGAUGAGAAUGUGGUUAGUGUUUUAAAGCGAACGCGACGUCGUCGCUUGAGCUUGAAAAAAGCUGCUGAAUUUUUGGUUCCCAAUGUUACAUUGUUGCCAGAUGAUUAUGGCAUCCCCUGUGACAAAAUCCAGAAGUACAUUGUUCAGCAGAGUAAUCCUUUUAUAGAGAGGACUGAUGUGUUUCGAGAUAUGUUGAUUAGGGUUGAAGAAGAGUUGGGGAUUACUCGAUACUCUACGAUGUUUGUGUAUGGAAUCCACUUGGUAGCUUACUAUACGAAGGAGCAAUUAGAGGAUAAAUUUCGAAUAUUUAGGAGCUUUGGAUGGGCUCAAUCUGAUGUAACCGCACUGAUCAAGCGGCAUCCUAUGUGCUUGACAUCAACAGAGGCAAGGAUCAAAGAGAGAUUGGAUUUUUUGAUGAAUGAGAUGGGUUACAAACCUAAUUACUUGACUUCCAAGCCUUGUUUGUUUAUUUAUGGCGUAAAUAAGAGAUUAUUGCCAAGAUAUAAAGUCUUACAGACUUUGAAAGAGAAAGGUCAUGUAAGGAUGGAUUACUCUCUUUCUACCGCGACCUGCUUUUCUGAUCCUGCGUUUUUGAAAAGUUCAGAGGGCUAA